GUUGUGCUCGAUUCUGCAUCUUUAGGGAGCGUUCUGCGCAGGCGUGGGCCUGAGGUGAUGACGUAUUCAUGCUGCCCCUCCCCCGCCUGGAGCCAGCGGAGCCCCACUCUGGAGCCCCACUCUGUAGCCCCUGUGCUCCCAGCCUCGAGUGUAGGAGUGCGGAUUUCGUGAGCAAUCUUCUGGCCUGUUCGCGUCGAAGCAGCCGGGGACUGCGCAGCGCCCUGCGUGCCGGUAGUUAAAAUACUCAGAAACUUUCAUAAAACUUCUGCAGAGGAUUUCCUCUACAAGCCUAAUUGCAUCCGACAGAUGGCAACUUGUUCAGAUGAUGAUGCAGUGCCUGUGCACCCUUUUUCCAGAGAGGCCAAGAGGAUCGUUGCUCUGCCUGCUGCUGAUAGACAUCGGCUUGGCCUGGCAAUGUUAUACUCUCCAGAAAUGAGGCGAAAACGAACUAUUAGGACCCUGUGCAUGACUGUCUUAGCUGCUGUUUUCCCGACCUUCAAAGGUCCUGUCGUCAAGGUCAAACCUGUCAUUGAUGGACAAACAGUUACUUGGCAAAUGCAGUUAUAUGGCACCCCUCUGUUGUCAAUCCCUGAAGUUCCCGAUGAUCCAGAACAUAGACUUGGGUUAUACCAUGCAACGCUGAACAUUCUCGUCGCAUUGUUCAAGGACUCACGGGACAAUAGCCAUAUGAGGACUGCAGAAAACAGGUUCAAGGCAUUCAAGGCAGCAGUCAAUACAGACAUGGAGCACACACCAUAUCCUGCUAUUAAUGUGUCUGCUUAUGUCAUCUACUUGUCUCUUCAGCCCUGGUGUCAUAGAGUCUUGCGUAGAAUUUUAAGUACCAAAUUCACAGGUCCAGCCGAACAGAUGAUGGUGCAAGUCCAUAUGGUGGCUCGAUGGUCACAGAUGACUACCCUCAAUGCUAUUAAAAGGUUCCUUAACGAGUGUGACUCGAGCUUGAUCCUAAUACCUGAAGUAAAAGAGGAGAUACCCAAGUUCCAUGAAGCAUAUGAGAGACUUCGUGAAAAAACUGGAGAAUGGUUUCCUUAUGCCAAGGCAAUCAAACACCCUGAAGCCCAGAAAGUGAAGACGGCAGCAUUUCCAAACCUGGCAUCGGCAGCCCUGUACCAUGCAGCAGAGACAACACCAACUAUGCGAAACUAUAGAGCAGGGAAACACAUUAGGGGAGGGCUCCCUGAAACAACACUCAAAAGUGCUUUUGAGCGCAAAAUCUCACGUGAAGAGCGGGCAACGCUAUACUCCUCAGGCAUCACUGGUGAGGUGAGUGACCAGGUGUCACAAUCACCGACAGAGGCAGAGUCAUCCAUGGAUGAUGAUUAAGAGUUUUUGUUUAGUAAAAAAAAAACCAUAACCCCCCCUUAAACAAACAAAUAAAUACAAACUCAAAAAAGAAACAAAAAAUCUGUAGGAGGCAAUUUAAUAGCUGCUGUGAGGCAUACUAAGAUUGGAUCCAUCAAGGCAUUUAGAAAGGAAGUGAGGAGGAGAGAGUAGAGCAAAAAGUAAAAUGAUAAUUUUUUGAAUGACUAGAAUAUGAGGGAGAGAUUAAGUGACAUGUAAGACGUGGAAACAAAAAAGGGUGCUGUAGGCUUUCAGCAGAGGAUUGUGUGUUGGCAAGAUCAGGAAAUAGUUUCUUGAAACUAGCUGUGGAGGGUAACCUUGAAGAUAAGAAAUUUCCAUUAUGGAAACUGGAAAGAGUGAGGGAUGGAAGAGUUACAUUUCAGGAGGAAGUUAGAGGAAUAGCAAAGACAUAGAAAGUUUUUUUCUUUUUUUAAUCUGCUUUCUUAAUUUUAAAUAGUGGAACAAUAUAUUCAAAGAUGAGUUAAUGUAAAUAUUUUUCAAAUUGAGUACUUCAGUACUCUGGGAUGAGGAGGCGCAAAAAGGGCUGGUCAUAGUGAGAUUGAGCAUGUGGAUAUGUCAUGUUUCAAGAGCUGUACAGGUGGUUCUGAGGGCGUUAUAAGAAAAUUCUUCAAGUAGUAACAUGAGCAAACAUUGAAAACAUGCUAGUGCAAGAAGUCAAUCACAAAAGACCACCUACUAUAUGACUCUUUAUGUUAAUAUCUAGAAUAAGUAAAUCUAUUGAGAGGGGAAGUAGAUUAGUGGUUGCUUCAGGCUGUGGGGAAUGGGGUAGGAGAGUGAUAGUUAAGGGUAUAGGUUUAUUUUUUAUAUUUUUUUUUUUACAGGAUUAUUUUUGAGAUUUAUAGAUACGUUCUAAAGUUGGUGAUUGCACAUCUGAACAUACCAAAAGCCAUUGAAUUGUACACUUUAAAUGGGAUGUGAACUGUCAAUAAAGCUGUUUUAAAAAAAAAUGAAUAAACAUUUGCCACUCACGUUCUGUUAAACAUAAAGAAGUUAAUAAUUUAGGACCUUAGAGCCUACAGAUUUAGACAGAUUGUAAGUCUCAUAUAGAAGCAAAAAAGGGUUAUGCAACCUAGUAAACCCUGAAGCACGUUUAUGAAUAUUGGUGGAUUUUUCAGAGAACAUUUUGUCUAAUACUUGAUGUGUUAUAUUCAUGCAGUCUUAAAAGUUCUUGAUGACCUGUUAAAUCUAAGCAAGACGAAGAAGGCAGGGAUCAGUGAUUCGAUGAUAAGGUGUAGUGUUUCAGGAAAUGACCUAAUAAAUUGGGUUUUAAUAUUUAGCAAAUUUCAGGUCAGGGGAUGCUUGCUCCCACUUUUUAGAAAGCAAAACUUAAUAAAGCAGAUUAAGGUCAACAAGAUGAUCAAAGGACAACGUUGUAUCCUAAACAGAACUAUUGCUCACAUUUUUUUUUCCCAAGAUGCAAAUACUUGUACACAGGACAGAAAACUUGGAAAAUAAGAACAAGUCAGCUUUUAUUUAGUAUCCCUAGUUGAACGCAAGUAGGACAGGCUAAUGAAAUUCUUUUAUUUUUUUUUUUCCUGACUUCACUGUAUUUUAAACUUUUCUUUGUUAAGGACUAAACUUGAAAGUGAGCCAUUCUCUCAGAGAUCUCUUACAGUAGCAAAACUGAUUCUAACAGAUACAUGAAAAACUUUUACUGACUUAUUGUAGAGACAAAAUAUUCCCCAAUUAAUAAUUUCUGCAGGGCAGAGGGUAGAAAUAGUGCAAUAUGCAUUUGGAUACUGAAUCUUCUAAUAAUUCAAAUCCACUUGCCAGUAGUAUACCUGACAGAUCAAAGUUUCUUACAGGAAAUUACAGGGACUUCAAGGAACAGGAUAUCAACAGCAAACAGCUACCCCAACAACAAAACAGCACCGAGCCAUCAGAGCAAGAGAAGGAGCAGCAAUUGUUUGCAUACAAUGGAAAACCAAAGAGCUUGAGUGACAAAGUGACCAUUGCAAACACAGGAGAAGGAUAGGGUGGCUGUUAGCACCAAAUAUCAUAUGUAGCCAUCAGGAUGCACAGGGGCACUGUGUGUCAUCAGAGAAGUCACCUCCCCUCCCCCUGUGCUCCAGGUGGUAUCUCAGAGCCCCAGCUACCAGCCCCCUACCUCUCAGACUUCCCAGGGCUAGAAGCAGCAGAGCCAGAGCCCAGGCGCUACCACUCAUCGCUGUAGGGGCCAAAGACGUCCAGGGUCCCCACUGCUAAUGGGGGAGGAUAGGGUCACCACUGCUGUCUUGCUGGGUGGAAACCCCAGGUUUUACUCAGUGUGACUUGUCACAGCCAAUAAGCAAGAGAUGGGAGAUGAGAAAGGCACCUUUAUUUCAUUGCACAAGGAAAGGAACAGUCGGAGCUGCUGCCUUCAAGACUGCUCAGCGAGGGUGAGGGGUUUAUAAGCAGGAAGUUACAUCAACAUUCCUAAUAUGCAGGUGCAAUGGGGUUUACGUAUAACUUCAUGCAUCAAAUGUUCAGAAAAUGGCAGUUAAACUUUACCCAGAGGCAGGAAAGUUAACUGUGAAUGAGGUACUUAAUGAACUAAAAAGUUAUCCAGGAUGUCAGCAGGGUGCCUGUCUUAGUUAUCUAGUGCUGCGGCAACAAGUACCACAAGUGGAUGCCUUCAACAAACGGAAGUUUAUUCUGUCACGGUUUUCCAGAUUAGAAGUCCAAAUUCAGGGUGUCAGCUCCAGGGGAAGGCUUUCUCUUUCUGUCUGCUCUGCUUAGUGCAGGGACCUCAUGUUCAAAGGAUGUGCUCUUCUCCUGGCACUACUUUUCCUGGUGAUAUGAGGUCUCCCAGACAAUAAUUUCUCACAGUAAAUUAUAAAAGCAGGUGGGUUAUGAUCUGGCAUCCCAUGUAAGUUGACUUUGGGGGAGAAAUGUGCUGAAAAUCCCAGCACAACAUUAGAUAACUGGCUGUUUCUUUGUAAAAUAGUAAACUGGCAUUCUGACAUUAAAAAAAAAAAAAAAA